AUGUUGGACAUAUUGUUUGUGUGGUGCAAGAUGCAUCCCGACAUAGCAUACCGCCAGGGCAUGCACGAGAUACUUGCGCCCUUGCUGUGGGUUGUGGAAAGAGAUGCCAUAGACGCGGCCGACCAGAACACUGGUGCAAUGGAUCACACUCUAGCCGAGAUGCUGGACUCUGAGUACAUUGAGCACGACACGCACAUGCUAUUCUCCAUCAUUAUGCAAACGGCCAAAUCCUUCUACGCGCCAGCUGAAACCGGUUCUACAACCAAGGAUACACCAAUGCUUGUACGAAGUUCCAGGAUAUUCGAAGCCAGCUUACCCCAGGUGGACCCAGAACUCCAUGCUCACCUGGUCAAGCUUGAAAUUGUGCCUCAGAUAUUCCUUCUACGCUGGAUACGUCUUCUGUUUGGACGUGAGUUCUCUCUCGACGCUGUCUUCGACAUGUGGGACGCCCUGUUCGCGAUAGACUCUACGCUAGAGCUCGUCGACAUGAUUUCAAUAGCUAUGCUGUUGCGCAUACGGUGGGAGCUGAUGGCAGCUGACACAAAUGAAGCCUUUGCACUUCUGCUGAGAUAUCCUGAGCCAGCUACACCCCCAUACACAUUCAUCAAGGACGCGCUGUACCUUCGCGAUCACCUUACUCCACUCGGUGGCGCAGAGAUCAUCACACGAUAUGGCAAGCAAGCACCUGUUAUUGAACCUGGGUCAAAAUCGAACGCCCGCGAACCGUCACCGUCGCCUUCAUUUGUCUCUAGCCGAACGCGGCACAGCAUAGGAUCACCAAGGAGUUUUGUGACCCAACAAGGCGCUGGCUUUGAGGCACUGAUACAAGGUGCUGCGAAAAACGUGCUGGACCGCGGAUCACAGUGGGGUGUAGGCAAAGCUCUACGAGAUGCAGUGGGUGAAGUGAGGAAGAACGUCGAAGCUUACCAGUCAGCGACAAACUCCGGGCAGUCGACACCGCGCUCUGGAGGGAGAGAGUUCCGGAAGCCUGGUCAACUAGGUACACCCGCUGCUAACGGACGGCCAACCCUUGAAAGGGUACAUUCAGCAAACACCUUCAAGAAGAUAGAAGAGCUGGAUCGCAGGAACAAGAGCUUAGCCAAAAUGUUGGCAGUUGCUGUUGGCGACUUAUGGGAAUACCACAGGGAGCGUGACGAGGCGCAAAAGGCAAAAGAAAAUGACGAAAAGGGGAAGGAGGCAAUGGAAGCCCUCAGCCUUGCGAUUGCAAAAGUGCAGUUUGUACAAGUGUAUCUCGAUGAUUCUUCAUUACCACUUCCCAUCGACGAAGCAACGGAACAAGUUUCGACUGCACAAGCCGCCAUCAGUUUGGCUUCUCCGACUCCUCAGUCUCCGGUGUCGUCGGGGCAAGCCUCUAGUGUUCCACCUAUCUCCUUGAGCACAACAUCUCAGUCGACCACUGCAUUAACGACUACUUCCAAGAAUCCUACCCCCCUGAGCUCCCGUCCGACAUCACCGCCCACCCGCACGUUGUCACCCCCGUCGAAGCUUGCCUCAACUCUAUCUCCUCCGUCACGUCCGCAUCUCACAUCCUCGAACUUCUCCUGGAUGCUCGGUGAAGACUCAGCUUCCUCAAACUUUGCCUCCGGUGCCGCUCACUCGACCUUCUCCUCUGACGAGAAAAGACGCAUGAAGGGCAAAGGCUUCCUGUUUGGAGACGACGAGGAUGAUGAGGGUAGUGUCAAGGAUGGAAAGAAAGGGAAUGUCAACAAUAAAGGUGGAGCUAAGGGUAGCAAAAGCGCGAAGGGGAAGCACACCGUAGAAAAUGAGGUAGAAGAGGAGGUGAUCGAUCUUGCCAAUAUGGGGAGAAGAGGCGUGAUCUGA